AUUCCUCACCCCUAACUUAAAGCGAGCAGCCAAGCUACUGUAGCUAAUGGUAGGGCGCGUGCGACAGUGGAGUAAAGUGAAGCAGCAGCAGAGAAGCAGAGACCAUUUCCCUCCUCCCUCCUCUCUCGCCAAACACGACGACGUCGCCUCGGUUUAGUCGUCGUCGGCCGGCAGCCGGAUGACGGGCAGUAGUUGUCCGGCCGAUUCUUCCCAGCUGCUGUACCCUCGCCGGGGUGCCCCCACCACCACCACCACCUCCCGUCCUCCUCUCCAUCCGCUCAUCGCUCAUGCGCCCUACGACGUCGUCCUCCACCGAUCUGUCGUCCUCUCCAUCAGCUCAGCUCGUGAUCAGGCUGAGCUCGCGAGCUUCUGGUGCUAUAUAAGGCUGGGUGGUGGUGCAAGUGCGAAGCGAGCGGCCGGUGAGGACGAUCGAUCGAGAUCGAGCUUGACGGCGGCGAGAGGAGGAGGAGGGGAGACGAUGAGCGGGCGGGGGAGGGGGGACCCGCUGGUGCUGGGGAGGGUGGUGGGGGACGUGGUGGACCCGUUCGUGAGGAGGGUGGCGCUGCGGGUGGCGUACGGAGCGCGGGAGGUGGCCAACGGCUGCGAGCUCCGCCCCUCCGCCGUCGCCGACCAGCCCCGCGUCGCCGUCGGCGGCCCCGACAUGCGCACCUUCUACACCCUGGUGAUGGUGGAUCCGGACGCGCCGAGCCCGAGCGAUCCAAACCUCAGGGAGUACCUGCACUGGCUGGUCACCGACAUCCCGGCUACCACAGGAGUCUCUUUUGGGACAGAGGUGGUGUGCUACGAGAGCCCGCGGCCGGUGCUGGGGAUCCACAGGCUGGUGUUCCUGCUGUUCGAGCAGCUGGGGCGGCAGACGGUGUACGCACCGGGGUGGCGCCAGAACUUCAGCACCCGCGACUUCGCCGAGCUCUACAACCUCGGCCUCCCUGUCGCCGCCGUCUACUUCAACUGCCAGAGGGAGUCUGGAACCGGAGGAAGAAGAAUGUGAGCUAGCUCUCCCCUCUCUAUCUCUCACUCCCUGAAUUUGGGACAAGUCCUGAAUUUUGCAUGACAAAUCCUAUACUCGGAACGAUUUGAAAUGGUAAAAUUUGAUCAUAUGUAUUUUUAGCUCCCUAUCCUCUCUCUCUGUACGUUAGUUACAUAAAUGCUCCCACCGAUUCUAAAUGUAAUUUAUUUAUAUUUCUCUAUUUUUCUCGAAAUUUAAGUUGUUAUAGGACGUUGAGGAACUUUGUCCCCCAUUUUUCCUUUCAUACCCUUCAUUGUUAAGGGAAAUGCUACCACUCUGAUAUAUAUAAAAAUGAUGUACCAUUUUCAAUAUAUAAUAACCAUGCACAGGGAAUAUAGUCAUGUUAA